AUGGUGCUAGACUCGGAUCCUGCAUGGCCAGAACCCCCUCUCAGCCCCGAUCUCGACACCACUCCACGCCAAGCUGCACGUUUCCGCACCACUUCCCUUCUUGCACAGGGUUCCCCACACAGCUCACAUUUCAGCAGCGAUACGGGGUCCACUUCGGAAAGCGCGCCCCUCGUCACGCCCAGGUUGCACCUACCGCCUUCGCCGCUCCGGGAGAAGAGUUUUGCUCCUGAAGCUGCGCUUCUCACAUCCACUACCGAUACGUUUGGAGUUGGAGGGCGAGAUAGUGACAGCGAAGAAGGGUUCACGCUCGCUCUCUCUGUUCCAAAGGCCCAGUCCCAAUCGCAGCGAUUACCAGCAUGGGUUGCAGACGCCGUCUCUCCCCUAUCUGAAUUCAUAGUUGACGUCGAUCCCCAAGAGCACUUUGCAGACCUCCAAGAAAUCGCAGAAGGCGAGAGCGGAUCUGUGUACGCCGCACGCGUGGUCUCUCCUGUUGAAACGCUCGAUCUACCCCCAGGAACGACUCACGUAGCCAUCAAAGCCAUUGCUGUGCAUCCUGCUGUGUCACCGAAGCUGCAAGAUCUGAGACACGAGAUGGAGUUGAUGCGUGGGGUGCAGCACGAGCAUGUAUUGCGCAUGGAUGCGUUUUAUGUGAACUUGGUGGACGACUCGGUGUGGAUACGGAUGGAGCUGAUGGAGAGGAGCUUGGCGGAUGUUGUGGGGCUUGUUAGUGAGGGUUUGGCGAUGCAUGAGAGGAUGAUUGCGAGGUUUGCUAGUGAUGUCCUACUCGCGCUCGAAUAUCUCCAAAAGCACUGUAUCGCCCAUCGAGACGUUCGUUCUGAUAAUCUGCUUUUAAACGCGAGUGGGAUCGUAAAAGUUGCUGAUUUCUCGAAUGCUGUGCGUGUGACGAGAAAUUCUCCGAUGUGUUUUGGUGCUGUGGGCGUUAUCUACUGGCAGGCUCCAGAGAUGCGAGUUGGAGCGUAUAAUGCGCUUAAAGUCGACGUCUGGUCUCUAGGUGCAACGGUAUGGGAACUAGCUCAAACAGAACCGCCUUUUGCAGACGUUCAGGACCCGCGCGAAAUCGGUGCCCAAUGGCCGGCUCUCCGUCAACCAGAGCUUUAUUCCCGCGGAUUUCAUGAUUUUUUGAGAUUAUGCUCAAGACCGUAUGCUUCGCGGCCGAAUGCUAAUGAGUUGUUGAACACUCCUUUCAUCCGCAACGCAUGCGGCCGCGCGGUGAACGUCCAACUCUUAUCGCAGUGUAGAGCUAUUGAAGAGCAUGUGUUGCAAAGGGAGAGUGAGAGUGAGGACGCAGGGGACUCGUGA